GGAUGCAGUAAGAUCCCAAGUACCGUCAACCGGCCUAUCCCUUAUCAAUCCAUCUGCAUAUUCACCCUCCCGGGUCAUUAACCUGUUUUUCUGAGACCCCGGGGAUCUCGUUUCGACUUCGCUUUGCUUUUUGGUCUCCCUGAUUGCCUUACAUCAUGAACGGCGCCAGCGAUCCGGAGAGAGAGCAGGCGCUCGAGGAUUACAAGAGGAGCCUGCUCGAGCUCCGAGAAUGGGAAGCCAAGCUCAAGUCUCUUCGCAUGGGGAUCAAGGAUUUGCAACGAGAGUUCGAUAUCUCUGAAGAGAACAUCAAGGCGCUGCAAAGCGUCGGCCAGAUCAUCGGAGAAGUGUUGAAGCAGCUGGAUGAGGAGAGAUUUAUUGUCAAGGCAUCAUCCGGACCGCGUUAUGUCGUCGGUUGCCGCUCGAAGGUCGAUAAGGCAAAGCUAAAGCAGGGCACCCGUGUCGCCCUCGAUAUGACCACACUUACUAUAAUGAGAAUGCUCCCGAGAGAGGUUGAUCCGUUGGUAUACAACAUGUCACUGGAGGACCCAGGCCAGAUCAACUUUGCAGGCAUUGGUGGUCUGAACGAACAGAUCCGCGAGCUCCGAGAAGUUAUCGAGUUGCCGCUCAAGAACCCCGAGCUUUUCCAAAGAGUAGGAAUCAAGCCGCCCAAGGGUGUGCUCCUCUACGGUCCUCCGGGUACCGGAAAGACGUUGUUGGCACGAGCAGUGGCAAGCUCAAUGGAGACCAACUUCCUGAAAGUUGUCUCGUCCGCUAUUGUUGACAAAUACAUCGGUGAAUCUGCACGGUUAAUAAGAGAGAUGUUCGGAUACGCCAAAGAACACGAGCCUUGCAUCAUCUUCAUGGACGAAAUUGACGCUAUCGGUGGAAGACGUUUCUCAGAGGGUACUUCGGCUGAUCGGGAAAUCCAGCGUACAUUGAUGGAGCUUCUCAACCAGCUGGAUGGUUUUGAUUACCUUGGAAAGACGAAGAUCAUCAUGGCCACGAAUCGGCCUGAUACGCUUGACCCGGCUCUGCUGCGAGCAGGUCGUCUCGACCGCAAGAUCGAGAUUCCCCUGCCCAACGAAGUCGGUCGCUUGGAGAUCUUGAAGAUCCACUCCAGCACCGUUCAACUGGAUGGCGAGAUUGACUUCGAGAGUGUGGUGAAGAUGAGUGACGGACUCAACGGUGCUGAUCUUCGCAACGUCGUUACGGAAGCUGGUCUAUUUGCUAUCAAGGAUUACCGGGACGCGAUCAACCAGGAUGACUUCAACAGAGCGGUCCGCAAGGUGGCUGAGGCGAAGAAGUUGGAGGGCAAGCUGGAAUACCAGAAGUUGUAGUGCCCGCUUGAUUGAAUACCUGAGAAUUAGCCAUGAUGUAGAAAGCUAUUAUUUCCAACUUAUGGGAAGCCCACCCCAAAUCUACUUAUGCUCAUAUAAUGUACACAAUCCAUGCAUUGAUAAUGCCGUGCAGUUUGCAGCUUUGUACUCCGGUUAGUAGGAUUAAGUGGUAGCCCAGAUCAUCACAUGGGGGAAUUACCCCACAGACUAGGCAAAGAAGGUGCAUGGACCCGAGCAUUGGACCCUGACCGGGUAAACAUAAUGUUCUGCCAUGCGUUGAAACUGACGAUCGAGCCUAAGUACUAGUAUUGAUGAUAAUGAUGGCUGCUGCUGCUUCUCCAGGAACAGUGAAUGCCGUUCGUUUACCGCCAAGGCCGCGACCAAGGAUCGGCAUCCAUGCGCUGAGGACAAGUUGAGCUUAGGCGCCACAUGGGUUUUACACGCGUCCAUCGGAAUGGCUGCCCUCACUUUUAUGUAAUGCUCGAAUCAGUUCCC